AUGGGACAAGGAGAAGAAUACAAGACUAGGCCCCAUGCCUCACAAAUCCAGAUUCUGGAAAGAGGAGAGAUAUUCUUCUUUUACAGGCCCAAGGUAAACAAGGAAGAGGCACACAGCGUGGACGACGUGCAGAGGUUAUAUGUGGUUUUGAGGCCAGAAUCAGCAGAGAGAAAUGUCGAAGAGAAACAAGCCUCUCAUUCCGGCAAAGAAGGGGCCAAGAAAAUUAAACGUGAAAGAAGAGGCUCAACUUCAACUGGAGGUGGACAUGGCAGUGAGAAAGUGAAUAUCGAGCAGCAACCAUUGUUCCGAUUCAUUGUUCUGGGUCGGAAAAGACUUCCGGAUCCUAGGAAGGUGGGCCGGGGCCAGCCUAAUUGGGGAUUUGUAGAGAUGGUGACCACAAUUGAAGAUGUUAAGAAUGCUCUAAGUGGAGAGGAACAUGAGACAGCAACGAGGGGGCGGCGCCACAAACCCGCAGCACGAGCCGUUGGUGAAGGCAUAUACCGCAUAGUCUGGCACAAAUCGAAGAACAAGGUCCACACCCACUUGAUAUACAAGCUCGAGAUGCCUUCUCAAAGUGACAAACGCGAGGCUGAAGAGUCACUCAACAUAGCGAGUGAGGCUUCAUUUGUGAUCCAAAUAAAGAACCCAGAGCAGCCAUCACCACCAUCAGUCGGACUGCAGAGUGAGAGGAAACCCAUGUUCCCUGCACACCUCCAAGAAAACUUCGGUAAUCGGCGCUACGCACCGGCAGACCCACCCGACUUCCUCAACUAUGAACGAUGUGAAUUUCUCUUAAUUGGGGCUUCUGAUGACAUAGAAGAAGAGCUUGGUCUAGAGCUUAAGCCUGAGGUUCCACAAAAUACUGCUUUUUCUGAUAUCAUAAAGAUGUUUGGUGACAGUGUGUCUGUUAAGCCCCUUUUGGAAGGCACUUGGGCUUGAUGAAUCCGUGAUGUCUAUCCCCAGGAAAACGAAAAACCAUAGUUUUGUAAUUAUAGUCAUGUGUGUAGGUAGUUGUUUAGUCAGGUGUGCAGCCGGGUUUAUAGGAGUGCAUGGUGUCUUUUGGGGUGCUUGUGAGAAUGGGCUUACUUAAGGCUUCGUGUUUUUUUUGGAAGUGAAAAGGCCAUUUUUGUACCUCUACUCUUGAGUUAUGACUUAUGUAGCCAUGGCUAUGGCUUAGUUAUACUUUUUGA